UAACGACGGUUUUUUUUUUAAAUUAAAAAUACUUUUUAAUUAGUUUCUCGAUACGCUGAUAUUGCACUGAUUUCGCUCUCCGUUGUUAUUACGUUACUUUUCCACGGUUUGUGUACACAGAUAAAAUAAACAAAAACAAGCUCACUGAUUGAAGCGGAAGGAUAAUUCUCAUGCAGUUGCCUCAUUACAGAUAUAAAGAAUGGCGGUGUUGCUACUUGCUUUUGUGUUCUGCACCUGCUUGAGUAUUUGUCGUGUCUCGGGUCAGGUAGCUGAGCUCACCACUGAGGACAUUGACGCCUUCUUGCUGGAACACAACAGUGUAAGGGCCGAGCUCCAACUCAAUCCUCUGAAAUGGGACAAUGAACUGGCCAGUUAUGCUGCCUCGGAAGGUGGAAAAUGCCAGUUUGAACACUCAAAUGGUCCCUACGGAGAAAACCUGUAUGCAAGCAGUCCUGCUAAAUGGAACCACGCGGAACUUGCCGCAGACGCCGUUAAAAGUUGGAUCGAGGAACAGAAAUUUGUAGACUACGAUCAAUGGAGCUGUAUUACUCGUUCUGACGACUCCUGUGGCCAUUAUUCUCAGAUUGUAUGGAGGAACACAGAGUUUGUAGGCUGCGCUAUUGUUCACCUGGAAUGGGACAGUGGCCCAACUUGUGGUAACUUCAUUGGUGAGCUACCGUACAAGUGA